UCAUUGUAAACACACCCGCACAGGAAGGAGCAAGAACAGGGUGGACACACAAGUCCCCUACAUACACACACAUAGGAGAACCAGAAAUGACGACGGAGAAACACACACACACAUUCAGCAUCCUUUAAGAGGCAGUUUAGCAUCAGUACCAAAGACUCUCCACUCCUCUGUAAGAUACAGUAUAAAGUAUAAUCUGACGGUAUGGCUGAGAGUUCAGGCGAGGUAACACUGACAGAUGUUGAGACAGCAUUUCGUAAAUUUGCGGUUCAUGGAGACACCAAGGCAACGGGGAAGGAGAUGAAUGGGAAAAACUUUGUUAAGCUGUGUAAGGACUGCAAGGUCAUCGACGGGAAAAAUGUAACCAGCACGGAUGUGGACAUUGUCUUCAGCAAAGUCAAGGCUAAGACAGCACGUGUCAUCACGUUUGAGCAGUUCACUUCAGCCAUGUCUGAGUUGGCUUCAAAACGAUUUAAAGGGAAAAGUCAGGAGGAGGCAGUACAGCUUCUCUAUGGUCUCAUUGCCGGCAAAAAGCCCGACAACAUUGGUGUCACUAAAGUGGCAAAAGCCUCAGCUGUGGACAGGUUAACGGACAGCAGUAAGUAUACUGGUUCUCAUAAGGAGCGCUUUGAUCCAUCAGGAAAAGGAAAGGGCCGUGUGGGGAGGGAAGACAUCCCGGAUACCAGUGGAUACGUCUCAGCAUACAAAGGCCAAGACACCUACGACAGCAAAGUUAAAGAGGAUGAAUGAGAGAGAAAUGGAUGAAAGGAGAAAAGUUAUUUAUGCAUGACAUAAUGUGUAUGUCUGAAAUAUUUCUGAUUUUAUUUAGCAGCUAGGUCUUAGCUCUCCAGCAAAAACAAAUCUCUUGCUCAAACCUUGCAUGAAAACCUCUCACAACCUUGUGUUUGCAGUGAAUUACACCUACAACUACUUUGAAACUGAUUUAGAUUUAAAAUUACUGUCUCUACAUUUCAUAUCAUCAUAAAAAAGCUAUUUUAGCAAUCUGCCUGUCUAUUCCUGCUAGUUACUUCCAAAGAGAGAUAAAAAUGUGUUUUCUGUAAUCAUGUUACUUAAUUUUCAUGUGCUAACAAGCGCUUUUGCCUUUGACCUUUGCCUUUCUCAAAAUAUAUAUGCCAUUCCAAUUUUAAACUACCAAAUAAAAAUAGAUUAGUGCUUGAA